AUGACCGAACAUGUCAUUCUUGUCUAUGGCGACCUUUUGACAAAGGAAAGAUUAGACACUGUCCGCAACAGCCGACGGAUCGAGUACACACCGAAAAACUGCUUUCAAUAUGUCAUCUUCUUUCCGGGGUUAUUCCACUACAAAAUGGCAUGUGCUGAUGCCCUUUGGUGUACACAUAUCCAGCCGAAAGAAGGACAUGAUGAUGAGAAUAGCCUGUACCAGCACAUAGGUGUUCUGCGACCUGAUGAAAUGGGGAAGAUAGUUAGCAAGCCAGGAUUCAGACGCGUACACGAUGUCCUUCAUCAUGAUGUCUGGGCCUCGAUACUUGAUUGUUGGUGGAUUGAGGCACACCACCAAAACACAGUGUGUGCAACACUGGAAAAAUUUGCUGAAUCAGAGCCAACCUGGGAUGUUAUCAUCACAAUGUCACAUACCAUUGUGCGGAAAUACAUGGCAACAACAGAUGGCCUGGAUGCCGCACGGUCAAAACCACUGCUGUAUAUUGACCUGUGUCAGGCCAUGAACACCAGAGACAUCAGGAGGGUAGAGGCGUCCUUCCUCCCAUGGAUAUACAUUUUCAAAGCUACCGGCAAGCAUAAGUACUCAUCACAGAUAUCCAGAUUUCUGAACAACUUACAGUUUAACUCGCCAGAAUCAUUGAGUGACAUCAUACAAAUGAACUUGUUGUGCAAUCCAACUGGGAAGAGCGUGGCGUUCUGCGCUGUUGACUGGCUUGUUGAGCGAAAUAACCUGUACACCAAGGUGAUUUUCCCAGGUGGUGGUCCAAAUGGCACUCUCGAGCACAUCAUAAAGGAAUCUCCGCUCAUUGAAAUAUACCAUAGUUGCCAUGUUACCAUGGAGAACACAUUUCACUUACAGCACCGAACCAUCCGACACUCAGCACCGAAUACGAUGAAGACAAUAAAAAAAUUAUCAGGGUGUAUGAAUGACAAGAAUGUACAUCUGUCGAAGGAUGGCCGGAAGGCCCUGCGAGUAGUGCCGGAUCAGGUUUCAGCAGGAAUGACACUAAUGCAGGAGCAAAAGGUCGUUAAUGAGGAGGAUAACAGUGGUUUUGAGAUUGAGGGGGAUGAUUUCCUCGACUGA